ACACACUAGACAUUUCUCUAUUUAACCUCACCUAGUCCUCCUCCCAUAAUCACUUAGCUAGGCCCCUUGGUAUUUCUUGUUGAAUCUCUCUAUAUAUAGAUAAUUUCUCAAUGCCAACUACAUGAAUUACAUCAAUCUUCUUGAUUUACCAAAACAUUUCUCAGCUCGCUAGUCAUGAGUAAUAAUUACGAGCUGAACACAGACUUAAAUCUUAGUCUAAACAACAAUCAACUAACUCUAGAGUUCAUUAUAGACCUAUCAUCCUCCAAGUCUUCAUCACCUUCUUCGCUGCCUUCACCGAAUAAUCCAUCCGAACCGCGGAUUUUUCCGUGCAACUAUUGUCGGAGGACGUUCUAUACCUCACAAGCUCUAGGAGGUCACCAGAACGCCCACAAACUCGAGAGAACCUUAGCCAAGAAGACCAGAGAACUCAGCUCGGCCGUCCGGCCUCGGUCGGGUUCCAACCGUCGACCACCAUCACCCGGGUCGUCCAAGUUUAGCAGUCAUCGUGGCCAGCUCUACAACAUUAUUGGACAUGAAAAUCCCCUUUCUGAUCAUCAUCAUCAACAAAAUCAUGGAUAUGGAGGAUUUGUGAAUCAAAUGCGCUAUCGAAGAAGGGAUCAUCAGAUGGAUUUUGAAUGGAGAAUGGAAACCCUUCGAGGUUUGAAUGACGAAGGAGGGAACAAUCCCGAAAUCGUGCGAGAAGACAGCAGGAACCAGCUCGAUUUGUCUUUAAGGCUGUGAUAGUAAUUUCUUUUACUACUACGUACUACUAGCAUUUGAAUUUUCAGUUUUAUUUUUGAAAAUAUUCAAUUUCAGUUGUUUAUGCUUUUGUGCUCCUCGAGUACUAAAUUGAUUUGGACAUAUAUAAAUAAUUCUAAUAGAAAAAAGGUGGUGAUUUUCUAUAAUAGAAAAAC